AUGCUGCCCCCGGGAGCGCUCCACCGGCCCCUCGCCGCCGCCGCCCGCCUGGCCCAGGCCCGGGCCCGGGCCCGCCCUCAGAUACUCGCAUCCCUUGCUACAGGGCCCAGACAAAAGAACAGCAUUUUCUACGAAAUUCGCACAUACGAUAUUAAGCCGUCGAAGAUGAAGGAGUUUGUGGAAAUGGUCAACAAGUACUUUCACCUUCGCACAGCUCACUCGGAGCUGGUGGGAUUCUGGUCUGCAGAGCUGGGAGCGAUGAAUAAGGUUGUCCACGUUUGGAAGUACGAUAAUUUUGCCCACAGGACAGCAGUGCGGCAUGCACUAGCUAAUGACAAAGACUGGCAGGGAAAAUUCAUCUCCCCAGCUCUCCCCUUGAUAGAAAAGCAGCACAAUGAGGUUGCUUAUCUGGUACCCUGGUGUCAACUUGGGAAGCCUCCAAAGGGAGGGGGAGUAUAUGAAUGGGUUACUUUCCAGAUGAAGCCUGGUGGGCCAGCAUUGUGGGGCGAAGCAUUUCGAGCUGCAAUCAAUGCUCACAUCAACACGGGCUACGCCAAACUGAUCGGUGUUUUCCACACAGAGUAUGGAUUACUUAACACAGUCCACGUGAUCUGGUGGAAUGAGAGCCCAGAUCACCGGGCAGCGGGAAGACACAGCGCCCAUGAAGAUGCCAGAGUGGUAGCAGCUGUGCGGGACAGUGUCAGAUUCUUGGAGUCCCAGCAAAACAUGCUCCUGAUUCCUCUGCAAUGCUCGCCGCUGAUGUAACUGAUGGCAGAAAGGACAAGAUGGCAGUGCUGUCAGCAAGUGCCAUCACAUGGAUUGUCAUACCCUCAUGAACUGAGCCAGCUGUUCUUCAAUUUACAAUAAAUGGAUGCCAAAUGCUGAUCGCUAGCAAUGUAAAUCAGUAAAAUUUUCCACCCUGAUAGCAAUUGCUAAACAGAAGUUUAUGGUGAUGUUCCUACAUCCCCAGGAAAAAGAACUCGAGCCAUAUCACUUAUGGCAUGAACCACACUUCACCUAUCUUUUACUUUAAACCCUCAGUUCUUAAUGCUUUACUGCAUAGCUAGAUCACUUACAAAACCUAGUUAAGUUAAGCGCUCGUUUCCAAUAUUACAGCUCAGGGCUGGUCUCAUUUUCGUAACAUACUUUGGUGACUCUUGUAAUUAUCGCAUCUGGGCUAUUGCAAACUGGUUUAAGAAGGAAUACCCCUGCAUAUCUGUUACCCAGUUGUGUUUUAAUCAGUCUGCUCAUUGGGAUGCUUUGUAUUACUUCUGAGUAAUGUAAAACGUCAGUGUGGCUGGAAUUGCCCCUAGGAGGUGCUGCAGUGAAGCUGGUCAGGUAGUGGGUCCUGAUUAACUCCACUGUGAGAAGAACAUUUAUUCACUAUCUUGUUACAGUUCACUUCAACCCUUUUUUGUUCAGUAAAUACAUCCUCAAAACUGUAGAUUAUACCCAUAAUGCUUUGCCUUAGAUAUGAAAAUAUUUGUUUAGGGUGCUGAAAUUGGAUUAGCCCUUCUUGUUCAAUGUUGUAUUGGGUUUGUGUGGCAAGGUUUUGGUAGCAGGGUGGGGGGGCUACAGUGCUGGCUUCU